UAGUUUUAAUUUACUUUUCGAUCAACACAUUUCGGUUGCUGAAAAGAGUUUGUUUCAAGGUUUGCUUCUUUUUGUACAACGGAAAUGAAAAAAGUCCGUCGUAAGCGUCGUAGGAUGGAUGGAUCCGAAGGCGGUGGCUUAGAUACUGAGGUCUCGUCUUUGAGCUCAAUCUCUGAAGAUACAACUCUCCCUGACAAAAGUGACUCCAAGAACCCAACUCCGGAUGCCCCGGAUCCUGAUGAGUAUCAGUUCAAUGAUAAUUCCAUUGAUUAUGAUGUGGAAUAUUUUGACGAAGCUCAAGAUCAAAGCUCUCUCGAAAGGACAAGCAAUGAUGAAUCGCAUGCAGACCCUCUUUCCGAAUCAGGAACUUCUCAUUCAGCAAAGCCAAGUAAUGAUGAUUCGCAAGCAGACCCACUGUCCGGACCAGGAGCUUGCCAUUCAACAAAGCGACGGAAGACAGGUAAAUCCAAGAAACAAAUACGAGAUCAUACCUUUCAUUCUGAGCUAGACGAGCUACUACACGGAUCCAAGGAGAAUGACAACCAGUAUCGGUUCAAAGGUACUGUAUUCGAGAAGAAUUUCAAAAACCAGAAGUCAUUCGAACGCUGUGGAGACAUUAUGGUAUCCGGAAGUUGUGUAGAAGACGUUAUGAGCAAAGUUUGGCAAUUUUGUUUGAAGUUUAUUUAUCGUGGUGUUGUUUUCCCGGAUGCGUCCGAUGAGUCAGGAGAUCUCAAAUGGGAGGAUCCACCCACGUUUGAUGACCGUGACAAAUUUAUGAUCUUUCACAACAAAAUCAGCAAGCGAAGCAUCAUUCCCUCCUUGGUAGACGGACAUACGCUUCAGACGUGGCUGACGAAGGAUGUGUCAGUAAUUUUAUACAAAUAUUCCAAUGUUGUAUCAACGCUUCACAAGUGGAAUCAAGUCGAAAGCCAACUCCUACGUUCGAAAACAGUGGACCGGGCAGGUGCAGAAUCGGUUGGAUCUCUGAAUGAUGUAAAGGAAGACUUGAAAAAACGGCAUGGCAAAUAUUUGAGUGCCGACGAUGUGAAUAGGGGAUGUUGGGCUAACUGGAUUUGCAGCAAACCGUUGACAAUGCGAGAUGAUCUGAUGAGUCACACUCCACCACAGCAUAUCAUUGGACUUUUCAGUACAGUUCCUGUCCACAGUGACGUCCUUUUGGAAAAGGCGAGAUUGGAUUUUCAAGUAGCAUCCACUGUAAACAAAGCAUAUGUGAGGGUCUUGCAAGACCUGAAAGACGAUCAUCGUCAAUUGAUGAACAUAGCAUCCGUGAUGGGCCAACGAAUUACAAUGCUUGAGGAAAAACAAAAUGAAUAUGAUACAAUGCUUACUGCUAUGAAUAGCUCAGUAUCUGCUAGAGAGAACAAGUUUUCAGUAGAAUUGGCUCAAUCCGUUACAGAUUGCGUUGAUGUGGAUCACCUGUGA